AUGGAACAGGCGACCAUCGCAGUGAAGAAUGUUAGCAUGUCUGUGAGAAAAGCGGCCGCACAUUUUGCCGUUCCUAAAUCAACACUAGGCGACAAGGUCAGUGGCAGGAGUGACCUUGUCACAAGUCCAGGAAAGGCCCCAGUAUUGCCACAAAACGUGGAGGAAAAAAUAGUUAAAACGGUAAUAACUGCAUCGAAAUGUUGUAUGGGCAUAUCGUGCCGACAGCUCUUUGCCAGGACAGGGGCCUUGUGCAAACGGCUGCAGGUGGCCGAUGCUUUUCGGAACGGCGUGCCAGGGAAGGGCUGGUUCCGUGGGUUGAAGAAGAGACACCCGGAACUUGUAAUCGGGAAGCCAGAGAAGCUUGGGAACUCCAGAGCCAGGAUGUUGAAUCCUGGUGUCGUGGAGAAGUAUUUCCAAGAUCUUGGGGAACUUAUAACAAACAUGAACCUUGCCAACAAAGGACACCUUAUCUGGAAUGCCGAUGAGACCGGGAAACAGUUUCAACACACACCAGUGAAAAUCUUGUCAGAGAAAGGAACACGGAAUGUUGUAAGUAGAGUCUCAGAAAACAGAACCAAUACUACAAUCAUGGCAUGUGUGAAUGGUGUUGGAGCCAAGAUGUCGCCAAUUAUGAUUGUUAAGGGCAAAACAUCCGCAUCUCUUCAUGGCUUCAAAGUCGAAGAUGCCCCCGAAGGGACAAUACGGGGCUACCAAGAAAGCGGUUGGAUGUCCCAUGAAUUGGGAGAGCGGUGGUUUCGGGACGUAUUUUUGGGCCAGUGUGGACCAGAGCGUCCACAGCUUCUCAUAAUGGAUGGCCAUUCAUCCCAUGAGACGCUGGGGAUUAUAGAACUGGCCAUAGCUGAAAACAUAGCAAUAUUCUGCUUACCACCCCAUACGACACACGCAUUACAACCUCUAGAGGUUUUCGGGCCGUUUAACAGUGCAUAUAAUCACGCAUGCUCCGAUUUUCUCUCUGAAAACUCGUUGAACUUGGUCAACAAGUGGAGCUUCCCAAGCCUGUUUACGAAGGCUUGGAAUGCAGGACUUAGUGUUCAAAACAUUGUGAAUGGUUUCCGGGCUUGCGGCAUUGUUCCCUUCAACUCUUCUGCCGUUUCCCAUGCUUCAAUGCAACCAUCUGAAGCAUCAGAUGCUAUUCUGAAAACGACGUCCAUGGACAACACUAACCUCCCGACUACAACACGCCCGUCGACUAGUUCACCUGCUCGCGACGACGAUUCCUCAUCAUCCGCCACGGUUACAGCGCCACCUACAGUUGUCAGUAGGGUACCUGCUCUUGCCGACGCAUCUUUCCCUCCAACUAUCUCAUCCUCCUCAUCCUUCGCCUCCGCCACGGUUACAACGCCACCUUCAGUUGUCAGUAGGGUACCUGCUCGCGCCGUCGCAUCAUUACCUCCAAAUCUUUCCUCCUCGUCGUCCUGCGCCUCCGCCACGGUUACAACGCCACCUACAGUCAGUGUCAGUAUACCUGUUCAUGACGGCUGUGCCGUGCCAUUUUCUGAUGAUCCAUUUGCACUGCUAGAUCUAAUAACAGCCGGACGUAUAGAUAUUGUCAGUGCUGAUGGUGAAGGAGUUGCAAACUUCCCACCAAUGCCAGAUAGUGCACAGAGUCAGUGUGACGUUGAAAACGUGUGGAACAACGCGAUUCAAAGAAUUUUUGUGUCUCCAAAACCAGAAAGGGAGGCGAAACCCGUGGAAUGUAAACGCUACAAAACGUGUCAUCGUUUGCUAACAACGAAUCAGAUUUUAGAAGAAAAGCGCGAAGCCUUAUGA